AGAUCAGGACAGUGCCGAGACAGUACCUGCAGUGUCAGUGCUGUGUAGAUACCGUCAGAGCAGCGUGGAGAGGAGUGAAGUGAAAGAGCUGAGAACUCAGCAGCAGAGACUGAAGGAGAGUGAGAAAACAUGCCGAGGUCUUUCCUGGUGAAGAGUAAACGGGCCCACAGCUACCACCAGCCCCGGUGCCUGGAUGAUGACUACAGUAGACUGGACACUAUUCUGGCUCAAGUGUGCGCAGAGACCGACUCUCCGGCGGUGUUUGAGGCCAACUUGGAGUCGCAGGAGGACGUGAGCGCUGGCGCUGACAGACUGCCCCCCGGGUCUAGGGUGCUCUCUCCGGGGUCGCUGUCCUCCCGCUCCCCGCUGAGCUGCGGAGGUAGCGUGUGUGACCGGUCCUCCGACGGUGAUUUCUGGCGUCCCCUGUCUCCUUCUUCCUCACCAGAUUCAGAGAAAUGCUCCACUCCAGAAGCGGAGGACGGUCACGACUUCAACAUCCCCCUCUUUCCUUACUCCUGGUCAGCAUAUGCCAGCUCUGAGCUCAGGCAUCUGGUUCGGGGCCCGUACCAGCACCUCCAGGGCCACAGAGAGCCUGACUCACCCGUCAGAAUCUAUGGGGCGGAGGACAGAGGCACCGAGCCGCUUUACGCACAGCGGGGGCCUGUGGCCGGACGAUACCAGGAUUAUUCUUCACACCAGAUCUGUAGGAUGCGAGACGCAGACGAGCUCUAUGUAAAGCAGAGGCCCCGCAGUGUGGAAAUCAAGUCUGAAAAUGAUUUCGUCUGCUCGAACCUCGAGUCAAAUGGACCGUACAAGUGCAUUAAAUGUUUCAAGGUGUUCUCCACUCCUCACGGCUUGGAGGUUCACGUGCGGCGGUCACACAGCGGGACGCGGCCCUUUGAGUGCGGUAUCUGCGGGAAAACCUUUGGACACGCAGUGAGCCUGGAUCAGCACAGAGUGGUGCACUCGCAGGAGAGGAGCUUCAGUUGUAAAAUCUGCGGCAAAAGCUUCAAGCGCUCCUCCACUCUGUCAACGCACCUGCUCAUCCACUCGGACACGCGGCCUUAUCCGUGCCAGUACUGCGGGAAGAGGUUCCACCAAAAGUCAGACAUGAAGAAACACACUUUCAUCCACACAGGUGAGAAGCCGCACAAGUGCCAGGUGUGCGGGAAGGCCUUCAGCCAGAGCUCCAACCUCAUCACGCACAGCAGGAAACACACAGGAUUCAAACCUUUCGGCUGUGACCUCUGCGGGAAAGGUUUCCAGAGGAAAGUGGACUUAAGGAGGCACAAGGAGACGCUGCACGGACUGAAAUAAACAGACGAUGUCUUAAGAUGAAAUCCUGCACUUUGACUGCAUUGACCAUAUUGUCGUGUUUUUUUAAUUCUAUUUUAUGGCUUGUGGCAUUUCUUUGUCCCACUGUUAAAUUCAACUAAUUAUAAUUAUUGUGGUUGAUUUUUAUGAAAAUAAACGUUUAUUUAUUGAGUGGUUUUAAUUGUCAAUAUUAAAACGCAUAAGUAAAACAGUGAUUUCUAAAGUUGAAUGUAUCCCAAAUGAAGCGCGACCAUUAAAAGACCGUGCAUUGAUUUUUUUUUUGUUACAUGACAGUAGAAAUCAGCUUUAUCAUAUUUAUAGUCAGAGAUUAAAUAUUAACUUUUUAAGUAUAGGCUGUUUGGUUUAAAGGUUUCUACAUUUAAUUGCUUGCAAAAUUCUGAAAAGCAUUUCUUAUAAUUUAGAUCCUUUGUUUUUACUCCACGAACAUUUUUGAAAACGAAAUCAACUUUUCACUGAUUGAACGUUGUGAAAAACGAGAAGCUGUGUUAAGCCAUGCACGGCAAUCAAUCACAUCCCCAAUCUGCAUGACAGCUGAGUUGUGUCUCCACGAUUAAACAGAAAAACGUUUUGUUGCGC